GCGACACUCGCUCGCCAGCUUUUGCCGGAAGGGAUCGCGGCUGACAUGGCGGAGGACCCGCAGGGCGGCGGUGCGGGUGGUAUGCAGCACCCAGUCCCCAGUGCGAGCCACGGCAACUUCCCAGAGUACGAGCUUCCGGAGCUGCACACCCGGGCGUUCCACGUGGGUUCCUUUGGGGAGCUGUGGCGCGGCCGGCUCGGGACCCGGGAUUUGUCGCUGAGCGAGCCCCAGGCAGCCGCGCAGCCGGCGAACGGAGGGACGUCGGACAACGGCUUGGAAGAUGCUGCGGUGGCCGGGGAUCUGGGCUGCAGUCUGGAGGCGGCCGCAGAGCUAAGGGUCGUGUGCGGCCUUGAUAAACUGAGAUGCCUCGAAGAAGGUGAAGACCCAGAAGUCAUCCCAGAGAACACUGACCUAGUGACUUUAUGUGUUCGGAAGGGGCUCUUGGACUAUCGGGAAGAAAACAUCACGAUAGACCGCGCCUGUAGACAAGAAACAUUUGCUUAUGAAAUGGAAUCUCAUGCACUUGGGAAAAAACCUAAAAAUCCAGAAGACAUGAUUGAAGAAGGGGAGCUUAUCCUAUCUGUGAACAUCUUGUACCCUGUUAUAUUUAACAAGCACAGAGAACACAAACCGUACCAGACAAUGUUGGUAUUGGGCAGUCAGAAGCUCACCGAACUGAGGGAUUCAAUUUGCUGUGUCAGUGACCUCCAGAUUGGCGGAGAAUUCAGUAGUACUCCAGACCAGGCCCCUGAGCACAUCAGCAAAGACCUCUACAAAUCAGCUUUUUUUUAUUUUGAAGGAACCUUUUACAAUGACAGAAGAUACCCAGAAUGCAGAGACUUAAGCAGAACUAUUAUAGAGUGGUCAGAGUCCCAUGAUCGAGGAUAUGGAAAAUUUCAGACUGCUAAAAUGGAAGAUUUCACGUUUAAUGACUUGAAUAUUAAACUUGGCUUUCCUUACUUAUACUGUCACCAGGGAGAUUGUGAACAUGUUGUUGUUAUCACAGACAUAAGGCUUGUGCAUCAUGACGACUGCUUGGAUAGAACACUUUAUCCCCUUCUUACCAAGAAACACUGGCUGUGGACCAGAAAAUGUUUUGUUUGCAAGAUGUAUACAGCCAGAUGGGUGACGAACAGUGACACCUUUGCACCGGAGGAUCCAUGUUUCUUUUGUGAUGUUUGCUUCAGGAUGCUCCACUAUGAUUCCGAAGGCAACAAACUAGGGGAAUUCCUUGCUUAUCCUUAUGUCGACCCAGGAACCUUUAAUUAGUACCACCAAAAACGUUUUUCCCCUACUAAAGUUUAAUUAAUAUAUUUAUUACUUAUUACACAGUGUUUUGUGUUGUGGCUUUUAAUUAAGUUGUUUAUGUUACUGAGAUGUAGAAAUACUUUUGUAUUCUGAAUAUAUAAACUUUGUUGGAAACACAACUUCUGAUUCUUUUCUCCGAGUCCUAUGCAUUCCGUACCCAAAUGGGUUUUGCUAAUGAUAGAAUGCAGUUAACAAUACAUCAAGUCUAGUAGUCUUUUUAAAGAACUCUGUGAAGGAUGUGAGAGCUACACCUUCUACUAUGAAGUGUCCAAGGUAAAAAAGACCCUUCAAAUAUCUGUAGUAAGGAGAAAUUAAAAGCAAAUUAUUUGAUAAACAGAAUACUAGUAGUUACAAUUUAAUUUUGGACUCCUGUGAUAAUUUUUAAGGCAGAUGCUAUGAAAAGAUUUUAAGUUACACUCACAGCAUUAUUUAAAGUGUAGCCCAUUUCUUGAAAUCACAAAUGGAUUGAGUUUAAAAUGUCAUUUACAGUUAUGGCUAAAGAAAACAAUAGCAAUUUGACAUUACUGUGGCUCACUUAAUCUUCAUAAUACUUUUGAGCAUGUGAAGAUCAGUGAGAAGAAAAUCGUUUCAGUUCAGUGCUUCCAUUCUUCUGUCCCCUUUGCUGUAACCAUAAAAUUAGAAAUGCUGUACAUUCCUAAUUCAGAGCUACAGAAAAACAAAAACUGCUAAACAGAUUUUAUCAAAAUAUUUUGUGGAAACUUUUGGGGUAGAAAAUGAACAUCUAUAAUAAUAAUAUAAAGUAGGCUUUUAACCAUUACUUUCUCUGUCCUAGGUUUAAUUUAAAUUCAGCUGAAUCUUCUCUAGAUGGCUGUCAAGAACAGAUAAUUAAUUACCUUAUAAAUAAACCAAUGAAGCCUACACAUCUGUUUAAGAUUGUGAAGUUUAAAAGAAGGUGAAGCAUGUAUCGUGGACUUAAAUGUCACAAAUCCAAUUAUGGCGACUGACAUGGAGAUGACAAGUGCCUGCAUGUGGUAUGUCUAGAAGUAUUCUUGUUUAGCCAACACAGGGUACCAUUUACUCAGCAGGUCUAACUUUCUAUGUGCCUAAGUUUCUUUCCUGUAUUAAAUGGUGUUAACAUUAAGUACACUGAGAAUACUGCUGCAGAAUCAUACAUUCAUAAUGAAUGAAAGAUUUACUCAAUAUCUUGAUAAAUACAGCAGUUCAUGUGGGUCUUGUUCAUACCAGGAAGUUAGGUAUCCCUAAUACAUGUGUAAUGCCAAUUACCCGAUUUUAAUAGACAAAGAUGACAUAAGAGAUAAACAUUAUUGUAUGGAAUCCUUAUUGUUUAUUAAGAAUGCUAUUCUAUUUCCUUUUUUACCAAAAGUUCACACCUUCCAUUUCUUUGAUGGUGGAAAUGAGGAAAGGCUAACCAGGUUGAUGCAAUUAUCAACUAUAUAGGUAUCCCAACUAGUUCACAUAAAAAGAAUUUCAACUUUACAUUAACAAGUAUAAAGCCCCUGACUUCAGACAGUUUUUGUUAUGCCAGUAUCAAUCUCUUAAAUACAACAUAACAAAUUUCACGUGUUACUCUAAGGACAGAGGUAAAUAUGAAUGGCACAACCUUAUCAGUGAACGUCCCUGUGGAUAUACCUGUACAAGAUCACUGUAUAAAUAGCUGUUUCCUCAAGCAUCUUGCUUAUGCUUCACAAUUCUUUUAAAGAUAACUAUACCUUGUAAUUUUACAGCAUGGGCAGUCAUGCCUAGUAUUUAUUUAUUGGCGAAUUACACAAUGAAGAUUUAAGGAUAUUUUGCUAUUUGCGGUAGAUAGUCCAUUCUCUGACCAAUGGAAUAGUUUGUUAACUGAAGCCUUUGCUCUGCAUACAGGAGUAGAUGGCAGACUCCAUCUUCACCUGGCAUUUUUAAUCAGGUAAGUGGAUAUGAAUAGGAACAUUUUUAGUGUACCACAUCACCAUCUUGGUAAAAAUCUAUCAUGCUAUAGAAUUCCUAGUUAGAAUAGCAAAUGUGGUCUAAUGAGCUCUGGUCAAAUUGUUCACACAUACAGACUUGCAAUCAGAAUCUCUCAUUAAGGUGGAAUAUCUGAAAUUGAUCCAAGCAGCUGAGAAAACUAACAUUCAAAAUAGGUAUCUAUGCAUGCAUGUUACACGUACACUGUACACAGCAGAGGUGGCUAUCACAUUGAAUAGAUCUCUCCCUUCAGCUGGAGUUUCGUUUACAGAGGUUUGAGAGUGAUAGCUUGCCUGUGAAUUACCUACGACAGAUAAUUCCAAGAUGAAAAAGACGGCAGCUGUGCUUCAAAAGAACAUACCUGGUCACAGCCAGACAGCCUACCCAAGAAGGGACCUAAACUAACAGUGAGUGCUGCUAACGGUCUGAGCGGGGUAUUCGAGAGCUGCUUCAGGAAGCUAACGCCUGUGCUUAGGGAAGGAAGGAGAAGUCAACACAAGGCAAGUGACAGUGAUUUCCUGAGCUUACUACUGCAUAGAUCCUGAGCCCCUAACAGGAUCUCUGUGACGGCUAAGGAGGACACUACUUCUUUAGCAGGAAAUCAACAAUUCUUUCAGUAACUCUUCUCAAUUAGCAGUAAUAAUAAUUUACUAAUAGAGUUUGGUAGAAAACAACUUUAAUUAAAACAAGUUUACACAUUUGACACUUAUGGCUUAACUAGAAUAAUUUUUGUCCAAGUUAAAAACGUACUAAGGACAAAACAGAAGACUGGUGUAUAUAUAAUGUACAGCAUUGCCCCAAACAGUAGAGCAAAAGUCCAAUUAUUGAAUAACUCAAAAUCCUUUACAUAAGUGAAAAUAAUCUGGGAAGUCAAGAUCAUAUAUAAUCACACCACACAAACACUGGUAUUAAGUCACUUUCCCAUUAAAUUUCAAAGCAUAGUGAUGAACCUUUCUUCCUACUGGAAGCCAAUAAGUGACGUGAUUACUCAGAAUAUCUUUGAAAUGUUAUUCCUUAAUUUAACAGGCUCUGAUAGUCUACAUUUAUGUGUAUGAACUAUCUAGUUACUACCUUGGAGCAACUGAUGUUUCUACCUUUUAUUUUUCUAAUCCUGUGAUGUCUGAUACAGAAACUAAAUACAAGUCUCAUUCUAAUAUGGCCCUGUUUCCAAUGAAGUUAGUUUCCUUAUUUAUUUAUAUUUAACGCUUAUAAGCAUCAUGGAUUGAUUACAAUUAAAUAAAAAAAAAAAAAACCAUGUAGAUACAUAGA